AUGAUUGAUCAAGUUGUAGAGCCAUGGGCACUGAAUAACAACAUGUACAAUUUAUACCAUACGAACGCUGCCCUAUUUGAGCGACUCGCACAGCAGUCGGUCAGCUUGUCCACGACGCAGCUUGGCCUCUUUGACACUCUGGCCGGCAGCGGAAUUCCAGGAGACGUGGAUCUUGUGCAGCUCACCGCAUCUUCACAACAGGAUAUCGACCCCGAAUCUGUCGCUUUCCAGUUUCAAGAAAUUAGCGAUGCGCACGUAGCGCAAAUCCGCGACGAAAUCUUGGCGUAG